AUGUCUGCUACCAACGUGGAGAAGGCCUCUGACGCCUCCGUCAAUGACGUUACGAACGCUCUGGCCAAUACAAGCAUUUCCAAGGCCGACGAAAAGACCGAUGCCGUCCUCGCCAGCGCGGCUGAGGGUCGACGCCUCUACAUCGGCAACCUGGCCUACGCGACAAAGGAGGGGGAGUUGAAAGAAUUCUUCAAGGGUUACCUUGUGGAGUCGGUUUCCAUCCCCAAGAACCCUCGUACUGACAAGCCCGUCGGCUACGCCUUCGUUGAUCUCUCGACUCCCAGCGAAGCCGAGCGUGCCAUCAGCGAGCUGAGCGGCAAGGAGAUCUUGGAGCGAAAGGUCUCCGUCCAGCUCGCUCGCAAGCCGGAGUCGAACGCCGAUAAGAACGAGGCUGGCGAGGGCUCCGGAGGUGAGGGCUCUCGCCGUCGUCCUUCGGGUCGCGGUCGUGGCCGUGGACGGGGACGUGGAGGCCGUGCGGCCCGUGGCGGCCGUGCUGCUGAGGGUGUCGCUGCUGAGGGCGCUGGUGCGGCCGCCGGAUCGACCGACGCCAACGCUGCCCCUGCUGAGGUUGAGCCACUGGCGGACAUCACCAACAAGGAAAAUGCUGACCAGGAUGGGAAGGCCCAAAACAACCGUCCCCAGAGGGAGCGCCGGGAGCGUGGCCCUCCUGCUGAUGGUAUUCCUUCCAAGACUAAGGUCAUGGUUGCUAACCUCCCAUACGAGCUUACUGAGGAGAAGCUGAAGGAGCUCUUUGCUCCCUACGAGCCCCUUUCUGCUAAGAUUGCUCUUCGACCCAUUCCCCGAUUCAUGAUCAAGAAGCUCCAGGCUCGUGGUGAGCAGCGCAAGGGUCGUGGUUUUGGAUUCGUCACUCUUGCUUCGGAGGAGUUGCAGCAGAAGGCCGUUGCUGAGAUGAACGGAAAGGAGAUUGAGGGCCGAGAGAUUGCUGUCAAGGUUGCCAUCGACAGCCCCGACAAGACCGAUGAGGCUCUUGCUAAGGCUGCCGAGGGAGAGACUGCCACCAACGGUGGAGCUGAGGAGGCGGCUCCUGCUGCUACGGCCAGCGCCUAG